AUGGGCUCCAUCAGACCCGAAAUCGAAGAGUCGCGCACGUAUGAAGGCGGGGACGGAUUAUUCGUUACCCAAGAAAAAGAAUCGCAUAAAAACUCAUUUUUGCCGACAUUGGAGAAGCACCACCCAACUCGCUAUGUGCUGGGAUUGUUUCGAGUAGAUAGUGCCGGAGAGAGUGGUCGCUCGGGAGUUCAUCCAAUUCAUUUCUUUCGGGUCGUCUUUAAGAGUGUUUGUACCGCUUCAAUGAUGGUGAACAUUCUCUGGCCCUUUGUCCCUGCCGCGAUUGCAAUGCACUUCGCGCGACCCGAUCUUCAUGUCUGGGUUUUCGCCCUCAAUUACAUCGCCAUGGUCCCGUCCGCGAAUGUUCUUGGAUUUGCAGGAGGAGAAUUGGCCAAAAAGUUGCCCAAAACCUUGGGAGUUUUAUUGGAGACCGGGAUUAGCUGCUCGGUGGAACUUGUGCUGUUCAUGGUAUUGCUUCACAAUGACAAAGCAGGCGAGGGUAAUCUCAUUCCCGUCAUCCAGGCCGCCAUUCUCGGAUCCAUUCUCGCAAACCUACUGCUCUGUCUGGGCACGUGUUUCUUCGUUGGUGGUCUCCGGCGGAAUGAACAGGUGUUUCAUGAGGCCGUUGCUGAGGUGGGCACAGGACUAUUGUUGGUCGCCGGGUUUGGCUUGCUGAUUCCCAGCGCUUUCUACUCCACGCUGAAAUCGGCCACCAAUACAGAGUUCACUCUAGCCAUGCUGGAGGAUUACACCAUGCAGAUCAGUCGUGCCACGGCCGUGGUGCUCCUCCUGGCAUUUGUAAUAUUUCUCAUUUUCAACCUGCACAGCCACAACACAAUGUUCGACGACAUCUUGGAGACAGAUGAGGCGCAAAAUAAGGACAAACAUAAAGAAUUAAACAGAGCAAAGCUCACUUUUGCAGAAUGCUUGGUGGCGAUUACAGUCGCCCUGACCUGUGUGAGCAUGUCGGCGGUAUUCCUGGUGCAAGAGAUUGAAUAUAUCGUGGCGCUUGGAGUCUCCGACAACUUUCUGGGUUUGAUUUUGGUUCCCCUGGUCGAGAAGGCGGCUGAGCACCUGACGGCGGUGGACGAAGCCUGGGAUAAUCAGAUCAACUUUGCCCUUUUCCAUUGCCUGGCUCCUUCCAUCCAAACGGCUCUGCUCAAUGCGCCACUGGCAGUUCUUGUGGGUUGGGGUCUAGGCAAGGAUAUGAGCCUCAAUUUCGAGAUUUUCAUGGUUGUCCUCCUAGUGUUGUCGAUUCUGGUCAUUAGCAACUUCUUGCGAGAUGGCAAGUCAAACUACCUAGAGGGAGCCCUUUGUGUGUUGAUCUAUGUCAUCAUUGCGGUCACAACUUGGUAUUACCCCAAGGUCGACGUGGCGUCCACGAAUUAA